AUGGCAGAUCCUAAAUACGCCGAUUUACCUGGAAUCGCAUACGACCAGCUUGAUGUUUAUGAAACAAGCGAUCUGCCAGAAUCAGAACAAAUGCGAAUAUACGAGGAGGAACCUGACAGUUGUUGCGUGGAGCAGUUACACAUUAGUGCGAACGAGGCGUUCAAUAAAUUUAAAGGCAAGCAAAUCAUCGGGAAGCCUGUUGAUUUUUCGGAUCGUGUGACUACCAAGCCGAGAACAGGAUACAAAUUUGGAGAUUGGGAACUCGUUAGUGAAGGUGAGAAGGAAAGUCCUCUGCAGAAAUAUCAACGACUGCAGUGCGAAGUUAAAGAGCUGUAUGAAGAAGUAAACGAGAUGAAGGAAAAAUCUAAAGACGAGCAAGAAAUUAAGUCCGCAAGUGAAAUUAUCUCUCAGGCGCAGCAACUAGAGAAGCAGCUGGUUUCCUUGAAAUUGGAGGAGUGUCUGGGACCCGAUGUCGUCGCGAGCUUAUCAGAUCCUCAGGGCACUACGCUCAAGCAGCUGGUAUCACAGAUAGAACUGUUUAAGCAGACCAGUGUCCCUUCGUCGAAAUCGUCGGCGGAGAGCAAGAAGGCGGCCGACCCAUUGGAACCCGGUGUCCUUAAAUACCAGAUGAUGUACCUACCGGAAAAAGCGAGGAUGCAGGAAGCCGCCAGGAUCGCGCAGCUCGAGCAGAGACUCUGCUGCCUGGAGAAUCUCAUAGGCACAAGCAACGACAAACUUUCCAAGUUCUCGCAAAACCUGAAGAGUCAGGGCAUAAUGGAUGCUGUGCAACAGCUAGAAGCGAAGGCUUCGCUGCUGGACGUCAAUCAAUUGGAGACUAUUGAAACAAGGCUGGGCACCUUGAUUUACCGGAUGGACAGCAUUGCGCAGAAAAAAGCGGCGGCGGAGCAAGAUUCAGAGCAGGAACAGAAGAUCUCAGAAAUGUACGAAAUAAUGAAAAAAACGGACGCUGUGUCGCAAAUAUUGCCGCAAACGGUAGAGAGGCUACUGGCACUGAACGAUAUUCAUCAGCAAGCUGCCACCUUCAGCAAAUCUUUGAUGAGACUAGAAGAGCUGCAGGCGGAAAUCUCGUCGGGGUUGGACAGCAACAAGUCCUUGCUGAAAGGCGUGCAGGAGAGUUUUGCCUCCAACAUGGAAAUCAUAAAGGGCAACAUAGCGUUGCUCGACGAGCGUGUUAAAAAACUGAAAAAGUGAUCGAAUGGAAACGCCGAAGCUAAUUGAGAAGGCAGAAGCUAGAUCAAUUCCAUUUCUUAAGAUCGCUUUUUUCAGAACAUUUAUACUUCUAUCAUGUUAAGUUAUUAUUUAAUAUAAUUUAUGACGUUUAUUUUUGAUUCGCACGCGCAAUUAUGUUAGCAUCGUUAAUUCGCAAAUACUACUUACGCAAGUACGAUAUUUAAUCUCGAUGAUGUAGUUAAGGUAAAACAAGCUAAAAUAAAACAGGAGCCUAGUAAAUUUUUCUUGGUGUAAUUCACAAGCGACGAAUGUAACUUCAUACACAAUGUAAAGUAUGGCAAACUGAAAUAAACUGAGAUUUCAGUAAAAAAAA